GCAGUCAGGAGCACCGCUUUUGUUGACUUUGUUGACUUUGACACGUUCUUGCCGCCACGAACGCUGGGCCGACGACAUUCCUAAACUCAAGCUCGCUCCCUGGUUGCAGUGGGCGUGAGCACGUGCCAGCGCUCCUUCUCUUGUCUGGAACCUUAAGAUUGGACUGGGGGCAACGACGACGGGGACUGGAUUUGCGCGCCUGCAAACAAGGAAGCGCCUCUGCCUACUUUCUGCUUCUCCUCCCCAUCGACCUAUCCGCCUACCUGACCUGACCUGACCUGACCAUACAUACUCCCACUUCACACACUCGUUCCUUUCCACAUCGUCGUCGCGGCCCUCCGACCACCACCACCACCACCGCGACCACAUCUUCCACGCAUACAGCUUUACUUUUACUCCUACUAGUCAUACUCGUUUCUGCGCCGCGACGGUGCUGCUAGCUCCAACCGGAGCGAAAACAGGCCCGUAGCCAUGGGUGCCUGCUUCAGCACAAACCAGAACAACGACCCCAACGUGGGCUCUUCGAAGCAAAAUGAUACCAACUCGGCCUCAUCGCUGUACGCGACGCUCUUGCCUGUGUUUAUUUUCGCAUGCGUGUGGGCAGCUCUCUUUUUGGUGCUGAGAAACAAGUUCCCGCGAUACUACAGACCACGAACAUUCGUGGGCAGUCUCCGCGAAAAUGAGAGAUCUCCGAGACUCGAGGGGGGCAUGUUUGGCUGGAUCAAGCACUUUUGGGCCAUCCCCGACACUUAUGUCCUGAACCACCACUCUCUGGACGGCUACCUCUUCCUCCGCCUGCUCAAGAUCUCCGUGGUCAUCUGCAUUGUGGGCUGCCUCAUCACAUGGCCUGUUCUGUUCCCCGUCAACAUCACUGGCGGCGGCCCCCAGACGCAGCUCAACUUGCUCACUCUGGGCAACGUGACGAACAACUACUAUCGCAUGUUCGCACACGCUGGUUGUGCCAUUAUCUUCUUCAGCUUUGUCCUGUACAUGAUCACUCGCGAAUCGAUCUACUACAUUAACUUGAGGCAAGCCUAUCUCAUGUCACCAUUCUACGCCGGUCGCCUCUCGUCCCGAACAGUGCUUUACACCUCCGUUCCAGAGGAGUACAUGGAAGAGAGCAGGCUACGUGCGAUGCUCGAGCCUGGUGUUCGUAAGAUUUGGCUGUCCACCGACUGCGACGACCUGGAAGAAAAAGUAGCGGAGCGGAACAAGGUUGCCAUGAAGCUUGAGGCCGCUGAGACGAAGCUCAUCAAGACUGCCACCGCCAACAAGAUCAAGGAAGACAAGAAAGCCAAGAAGGCCGAGCGAGCAGGAUCAGAGGAAGAGGCGAUUGGCGAGGGUCAUGCUGAUGGCUCCCGCUACCUGACGCAAAAGGAGCGUCCCACACACAAGCUCAAGUUCCUCAUUGGCAAGAAGGUGGACACGAUCGACUGGUGCCGAGGCGAAUUGACGAGACUCAUCCCAGAGGUUGAUGCACAACAGGCUACGCACCGCGCCCACGAGGCGAAGAAGCUGAACUCUGCCUUUGUCGAGUUCGCAACUCUCAGCGAGGCUCAAGCAGCCUACCAAAGUCUGACGCACCACCAGGUCCUCCAGAUGUCUCCUCGAUUCACCGGCAUGACCCCUGACGAAGUCAUCUGGUCCAACCUCAAGAUCAAGUGGUGGGAGCGCGUUGUGCGAAAGCUUCUUACCACCAGCUUCGUUGUUGCUCUCAUUGUCUUCUGGUCUAUUCCUGUCGCUGUGGUCGGUGCCAUCAGCAACAUCCAAUCGCUCAUUAGCUGUUUGCCAUGGCUAAGUUUCAUCAACGACAUUCCUGGCUCUAUCCUGGGUGUGGUCCAAGGUCUUCUGCCAACCAUCCUUCUUGCUGUACUGAUGUCGCUGCUGCCCAUUAUUCUACGUCUGAUGGCGAAGCUUGGCGGCGCACCAACUCUCAGUGCGGUGGAGCUUACAGUCCAAAACACCUACUUCGCCUUCCAGGUCAUCCAGGUCUUCUUGGUCGCCACACUUGGUUCUGCGGCCUCGGCUGUUAUUUCGGGCAUCGCAGCUGAUCCCGCGAGUGCGCCAAUGAUUCUCGCCAGCAACAUCCCCCUUGCCAGCAACUUCUACAUUUCAUACUUUAUUCUGCAAGGUCUCGCCAUUGUCAGCGGUCUGCUUGUCGGUCUCGUCGGCUUGAUCCUGUUCAUGGUCCUGGGCAAACUUCUGGACAAGACGCCACGUAAGAUGUACAACCGCUGGAUGCGCCUGACUAGCCUUGGCUGGGGAACACUCUUUCCGGUCUACACUAAUUUGCUGGUCAUCGCCAUCUGCUACGCAGCAAUUGCCCCUCUUGUCAUGGGAUUCGCGGCCAUCGGAUUAAGCUUGUUCUAUUUCGCUUACCGUUACAACCUCCUGUUCGUCUCGAAUGUCCAGGUCGACACCAAGGGCCUGGUCUACCCGCGAGCACUCGGUCAUCUUUUCAUCGGGCUGUACAUUGCAGAAGUCUGCCUCAUCGGCCUCUUUGCAAUCGCGACCGGAGAGAGUGUUGGAGCUCUCGGUCCCCUCAUCCUCAUGAUCAUCUUCCUCAUCUUCACAGCUCUGUACCACAUCAGCCUCAACAGCGCCAUGGCGCCACUUCUCAACUAUCUGCCCAAGUCACUCGACGCUGAAGAGCGUCGCCUGCUGCAGGUUGAGAGCGGUCAUGAGGAGGUGGAAAGCGAGAAGUUUGCUGCCAAGGACAGUGCUGCCUCAGGUGCCGUUGGAAGCGGUUCCAAGGGUGUUCUGGAUGCCCCUGCAGACCGUGUCGAGCCCGCACCACACAAGAAGCCAAACUUCUUCGUCAAGUGGCUUCGCCCCGACAUCUACACCGACUACCAGACCAUGCGACGCCUCGUGCCCAAGGAGAUCGCAAUCGAGUACGAAGAGGAUGUUUCCCAGAACGCAUUCUACAACCCCGCAAUCAACGACCCGACUCCUCUGCUCUGGGUACCACGUGAUAACCUCGGUGUCAGCAAGCAGGAGAUUGCAGAGACCAGCAAGGUCAUUCCCAUUACGGACGAAGGAGCCUUCCUGGAUGAGAAGGCCAAGAUUGUUUGGGAUGCUGAGGAUGGACGCCCACCCAUCUACGAGGAGAAGAUCUAUUAUUAGACCUUUGACUCACACGACUGCCCAUCCGUUGUGGCAUUCACACAUGAUACCCCAAGUUUUUUGUUUGGAAAUUGUUGAGUUGCAGGUUGAAGCUAUGGCUACUCUGCAUUCAAGCGAUGAUACCAGCAUGAGCGCAAGCACUGCGGACGUGUUUCUUUUUUCUUACCUUAGUCGUCAGUAGUAAUUGUGGGGAGGCAUGGGAUGGUUGAGCACAUCCUUCUAUAGGCAUGGAUACACACGAAUGAGUAGACACGACUUUAGAAAUGAACAUGACCAUGUC